GAGCGAGGGACAAAUAAGCUCAGCUGUCAGUGCAAUGAGCUUUGCUAUCAUUGGUUGACAGCACUAAUGGAACGAGUAGGGAGGUGCCGCGCCUGGGUUUAAAUUCAGACGACUUCGCCUCUCCUGUCUUUUGCCCGGUCGCUGCAGUUUGUGGCUUGAUUCUAGGGGAUUCCCCCACAGCCUGGAGUCGGCGCCCGUUGAGCAGCCGGGACCGGGACACCGCGAGGAUGCGACCCUCUGACUGCAAGGCCGUGGGUCUGCUGUGGCUGUGGCUGCUGGCAGGCCUCUCCACUGUGGCGCUGUGCAGAGCAGGAACGACAACCAUCACGGUCACCAUCACCACCCUGUGUAAGAUGGUGCCGUUGCCCCUCCGAAAUGACAGACAGGAGUGGGUGGUGAUGAGACGGCUCGAUCCCAAUAUUGAAAUCCUGCGCUGGAAGUCUAGCAGCCCGGAGCGUCUGCACAUUGUCAACUCGUCCUACAAGGACAGGAUCAUGUACCAACAAGCCUUCAUCGAGCUGCGGGACGUGGGGCCGAGUGACGAGGGGACGUACAAGAUAACCUACUAUGGCAGUGACCUGAUCGACCUCUUUGAGCUGCGUGUAGUUGAGCCGAUGUCCACACCGGCCGUGGGGGACAGCUGCAACUCGUCGCUAAUCACGCUGAACUGUUUCAUCGACGACGGCUGCACCGUCACCUACCAGUGGGAGCGGCGAUCGCAGGAUCCCGGCGUGGGGAACGCCACCUUCCCCAGACACAUUCUGCGCCUGCUGAACACGGGUCAGCACAACUACACCUGCAUCGGAGAAGAUUGCUGCAGCAGCCACGCUGUCACUGCAAAUCUGCUCUGCGACUCCCUGCUCAGAAGGUCGCGGAGUCGUGGGAUGAUCGCUGCUCCUGUUGUUGGGCUCAUUCCUGUUGCGCUGAUCCUAGUUCUCUCGCUGUAUCUCUGGUGAAAUGUAUUGAAGCUGAAAACCAUGCACCAUGUUUCCGUCACUGUGGCGGCAAGAAAAAAAACUGAAGGGAUCAGAUGUCUAGUUGAAGGAACAUCUGACAAAAAGAAUGUGGACAUUGUCAGAAAGGCACACUUCCUGAGAAAGCAGAGGAAGAUUCAACCUACAUGGACGGCAAACUGCAAAAUCUUCAUAAAACUGAACAGAACACCUGAAGAGUCUAGAGUGCUGGUCACCUGAGAUAUGGAGAAUUGGACAAAUACCAGUGAGACCAAAAGAACAACACAACAAGAUAAUGGAAAAACAAGGGACUAAAUAAAUACACCACACACUUGACACGUUUCUAUGUUCUAUAAGGAUCUUGUCGUAAACUUUGCCGAAGUCCAUGUAUACAACAUCUAUCCGAUCCCCAUUGACUAUUGUUGCAUCUGUUGCUCUUUGGGAAACUAUUAUUUGUGCAAAGUCUGGCUGUUGAUGCAACAAUGUUCUGCACGUUUUUGAACAAAUAACGAUGCAAUUGUAACGGGCACUUUGUACACAUUAAAUCAGAUCAGU